UGGGAGCGAAGACACCUUGCAUAAGAGUGGUCCGUGCUAAAAUAUUAACUUUCAACUCACAGUAGUAGGUAUGAAAGAGGAAAGAGCCAGAGAGAGCUUAGUCAGGUGGGUAUUGAGAGCCUUAGCAAGACUCGCUGUCGAGUUACUUCUUUUUCUGACUUCAGUAUCAUGUAGGUAUCUUAAAUCGUCAGCUUCCCGGUCGUUAAACUUGUAUACCAUUGUUACUGCUUUGAGUGAGGACGAAGUACAUAUGCAUAUUUCACUCGACAAGUUAACAUUCUUCGAAUAAGCCAAAGGACGGCAAACGAUAAUACCGAAUCCGCUAACCUACCAAU